AUGUUCGCCGCUUCAAGGAAGCUGCCAAAGACCUCAAGCUUGCUGGAGCUCCUGAGACCAACAGAUCUAUUGUCAGGCGUAUCUGCCGGGGUCUACCUCCAGACUACAAGGACUUCAUUGCUUCUCAACUCAAUAGCGUCAAGAACUCUCCCCUUCAGGAUGAUGAUUUUCGACAAUUUCAUAAAUGAUUUACUGAAUUGGGACAUCGACAAGAAUUCUUUCUAUGGGCCUAAUACAGUCCAGAAUACCUAUCUCGGUCCGCUUGACACCUUCGGUCGUGGAGGUCCCCGUCAACAAGCUCCGAGCAAUGGAUAUUCUCCCUACGGAAGCAACUUCGGGUACAAUUCUGGUCCGGCUGCCGGUCGUAGCCGAGAUACGGUACGAGCCUUCUACGAUGGAGGACGAGUUGCGCAGCAUGGACCCAAUGGCAGGUAUGCAAACGCGCAGAACAACGGCGGCGAAAACAAUGACAGCAGUGCUCGCGGGAGCCUCCAGUGCACAUGGUGCGGCAUGCAUCGUCACACCGAAGAAUAUUGCUGGAACAAACGUGACGGCAGACCACGCCGAGGACAGAACGAGAAUCGUGCUAACUACAACACUCAGCCCGGACAUGGUCGCCCUUAG